AGUCACCAUGAGGGCGCUGGUCCUGCUCUGCUGCUUCGUGGCCUCGCUCCUGCUCUCGGGACAAGCAGAGGAGAUGGAGGAUGUGAGUGAGGAAGCCCCUCCGAGGGACCGCUCCCACAUCGAGAAAACCCUGAUGCUGGAUGAGGACAAGCCAGCCGACGAUUACUCUGUGGUGCUGCAGCGGCUUCGAAAGAUCUACCAUUCGUCCAUCAAGCCCCUAGAGCAGUCUUACAAAUACAAUGAGCUUCGACAGCAUGAGAUCACAGACGGGGAGAUUACUUCCAAGCCAAUGGUGCUCUUUUUGGGACCGUGGAGUGUUGGUAAAUCCACCAUGAUAAACUACCUCCUUGGGUUGGAAAACACUCGCUACCAGCUCUACACAGGUGCCGAGCCCACCACGUCUGAGUUCACGGUCCUCAUGCACGGGCCCAAGCUGAAAACCAUUGAGGGUAUUGUCAUGGCCGCGGACAGUGCCCGCUCCUUCUCACCCCUGGAGAAAUUUGGCCAGAAUUUCCUGGAGAAGCUGAUUGGCAUCGAGGUUCCCCACAAACUCCUGGAGAGGGUCACUUUUGUGGAUACUCCAGGCAUCAUUGAGAACCGCAAGCAGCAAGAAAGAGGCUACCCCUUCAAUGACGUGUGCCAGUGGUUCAUCGACAGAGCCGACCUCAUUUUUGUCGUUUUCGACCCAACCAAGCUGGACGUGGGUCUGGAGCUGGAGAUGCUUUUCCGCCAGCUGAAGGGACGAGAAUCCCAGAUAAGGAUCAUUCUGAACAAGGCUGACAACCUGGCCACGCAGAUGCUCAUGCGGGUGUACGGGGCCCUCUUCUGGAGCUUGGCCCCUCUCAUCAAUGUCACGGAGCCCCCGAGGGUUUACGUCAGCUCCUUUUGGCCAUAUGACUAUAGGCCCGACACCCACCGGGACCUGUUCCUUAAGGAAGAGAUCUCCCUCCUGGAAGACCUGAAUCAGGUUAUCGAGAACAGGUUGGAGAACAAGAUAGCCUUCAUCCGCCAGCAUGCCAUCCGGGUCCGCAUUCACGCCCUCCUGGUGGACCGCUAUCUGCAGACGUAUAAGGACAAAAUGACCUUCUUCAGUGAUGGAGAGCUGGUGUUCAAGGACAUUGUGGAAGAUCCUGAUAAAUUCUACAUCUUCAAGACCAUCCUGGCAAAGACCAAUGUUAGCAAAUUUGACCUUCCCAACCGCGAGGCCUACAAGGACUUUUUUGGCAUCAAUCCCAUUUCUGGUUUCAAACUCCUGUCGCAACAGUGCUCCUACAUGGGAGGAUGCUUUCUGGAGAAGAUUGAGCGGGCCAUCACCCAGGAGCUUCCCGGCCUCCUGGGGAGCCUUGGGCUCGGGAAGAAUCCAGGUGCUCUCAACUGUGACAAAACAGGGUGUGGAGAAACUCCAAAGAACCGCUAUAGGAAGCACUAGAUUGUCAUGUAGCCGUCCUCGGGUUCCUGUUGGUGAAUGAGCGUGUGUCCUAACUGUCUGGGAAGUCCUGGUUUAUUAACCCUCUGAACCACCCUGGCACGAAUUAUUACACAUCGGAGAUUUGGAGGUUCUUUGAGGCCCGUGGUGCUGGGAGGUGCAUGGGUCUGGGGAGGAGCGUGGAAACUGUGAAUUAUAGUGUGUGAUUGUCCUGUUGCUUCAAUUAGGAGGCCUGAUGGAGGCAAGUCAGGCUCCACCUGCUUUUCCUGGGCCCUAUCUUGGAGGGACAGAGAGCAGCUCAGUUCUAGUGUAUGCUAAAUCAACAAGGGUCAAAUAAGCUAAAAGCAGAUGAAAUUCCUUUUUCCCCUCUAAGCUGGGAAAAUUGUGACAACCUGAGUCAUAGAGGGCCUCGCAGGUCUGUUCUGGCUUUUUUCCAUGCACAGUCUUCUGUUUGCUCCCCAGACCCUAGCUGCCUCCUGAGCUUGGGUUGACUUUCAACAGUGGACAGUCUUUUGGGUCUGAAUCUACCUGGGUUU